UCGCCGACUGCUUACGUUGAUCGGCUGCUUGACCACUCGUGUUCUCCUUACGGUGCGCGGCAUCCGUCGAUGAGUUUCGCAUUGUCGAGCAGACAGUCAGUUUAUUGUACUUUCUGUACAAGGUUUUAAAAAAAGUGAAACGGAAAUGAAGAUUCUUUUGUGAGAAUUCCAUGACUCGAAGAGAUUUUUUGGGACGAGUGGAUUGGCCGAUUUAUCAGGGGAUCUAAUAACUCGCCCUUGAAAGUUUAAAAUCUUUAUGAACUUUCUGGAGAAGGUCAGUGCGCUUGACCGUGUGCUUGACUCCGAAGAAUUUGCUUCGAAAGAAUUAUACCGAUUCUGAAUACGCCUUACCUGUCUGGUCAUCUGCCAGUUCACGAAGUAUUCAGAGUUUUACAAUCUGUACGAAAUUCUACAAGAGAGUCCAAUGCUCGCGGUGAGUAAAGGAAAACGAUGACAGGAUGUCGAGAGUGGAGGAUAAUUUUAUUCAUUGUUAUAUGGAAAAUGAUCGCAAACGCGAAAGUCACACAAGUACAUUCAAAUGACGAAGACAAAAAAUUGUUCGAGCAGAACAAAUACAUUUAUUCUUGGACAGGGCCAAACGCGUUGGCCAGAUCGGCCUUGAUCGAGAGACAAGAAAGGCUGCAAUAUAAUUGCGAGCUUGAAAGUAGCGAAGUCGAUAUCACCGCAUUAAAUCCCGAAUUGUUCCGAAAUAUCCUUGUGGAUGAUUUGCAUGAAUUGCUCUAUUGCUAUGUACCAAAGGUGGCUUGCACAAAUUGGAAGCGUGUACUAAUGAUUGCGACCGGAAAAUGGUCUGGUAACGAUCCUUUAGAAAUACCGGCUGAUCAAGCUCAUUCCCCCGGUACUUUUCAACGAUUGAACAAUUACACUUUGCACGAGAUAGAGAAGAAAUUGGCUACAUACGACAAGUUAAUUGUUGUGCGACAUCCUCUAGAAAGGCUUUUAUCAGCCUAUCGAAAUAAAUUAGAGACCAAACAUGAGAAAAGUGCGAGGUAUUUCCAGAUUCGCUUCGGCAAAAAAAUCAUCAAGAAGUACAGGUCAAACGCGACCGAGGAAUCUUUAAGGAAUGGUGACGAUGUGACGUUUCGCGAAUUCGUUGAUUUCGUUACCGAUGACGCCGAGAAUGGAACUCGGAAUGAACAUUGGAGACCGAUAUAUGAUCUAUGCCAACCAUGCAUAGUUAAUUACAAUCUCGUAAGCAAGUACGAGAGUUUGGUUGAGGAUGCCACAGAAAUUCUCGAACGGAUAGGUGUCACAUCCGUAAAUUUUCCAGCUAAAUCAGCAAGCAGUGAGCCGACAUCGAGAAAAUUGGACAGAUACUACUCUACUUUGAGCUACAAACAGCUUCGCAAGUUAGCAGAUCUAUAUAAAUUAGAUUUAAGGUUGUUUGACUACUCGUUGGAAGACGUGUUGGGAUUUUCUUUGGCUUAGGCCCGGUUGCAACUUCACUUUGAAAUCUCUUAAGCAAGAUUUAAAACUUUAUCUGUCUCGUUUUAAAAAGAGAUAGAGACAUAAAAAAAGCCUCGCUUAAAAUCAAAGUAACGUCGGUGCAAUUAGGCCUUAAUAGUGCUUGUUAAUAUUAACAGAAGCAGAUGUACAUACGUAAUAUGAGUAAAGUGGCAUAUAAAAAACGUAAGAUAAUAAGUUACGUCAACAGUAACAAAUAAAAAAAUGUUGAUUUGCU